GCCGGAGAUCACCUCGGCCCCUUGGCGAGGAAGCCAAGCUGCGGCGGCGCAGGAGGGGGCGGGUGCGGCGGGGGCGCGGCCUCGGCGAGGGGGGCGCGCGACGCGCAUCCCCUGCGCUCGCCGGGGCCACUAGGGAGCCUCGCGGCAGUCCGGUGCCCCACUUGGCAAUCCGCUCCGCGCUGCUUCCUCGCGCCCGCCUCCUCUUGUCACCUCCCGUCUCAGCCUCCUCGCUCCAUCCCGGCUGCAUCCACCGCCAUCCGAGUGCCUCAAAGAGCGAGAGGUGGUGCGCGGGACCGCAGGGCGCGCCCUCCAACGGACCCCGGCUCGGCCUUGGUGGGGGCACGGGCGGCAGCAUGGACACCAAGCGCUGCUUUGCCAAUCGCUUCGAUGACUACCAGGGCAGCCUGCUGGCGGGCCAGUGCGAGGAGGCGGUGGCGCCCUUGGUCACUGCCACCAUCGAGCGCAUCCUCCAGGAGCUGCCCCCGCUCGGGGGCGGCCCAGAGGGCCGGGGGGCGGCGGCCGCGGCCAGCAGCUGCCAGUGGGGACUGUACGGCGGCGUGGCCGGGGUGGCCUACAUGCUCUACCACGUCUCUCAGAGCCCGCUCUUCGCCGGGGCCCGGGAGCGCUACUUGCGCUCGGCCAAGCGCCUCAUCGACGCGUGCGCCCGCGCUGAGGAGUGGGGCGAGCCGGACGCCGACACCCGCGCCGCCUUCCUGCUCGGGGGCGCGGGCGUGUACGCCGUGGCCACGCUCGUGUACCACGCCCUGGGCCGGCCCGACUACGUGCAGCCGUUGGGCAAGUUCCGGGCUCUGUGCGCCGUCUGCGCGCCCGUCUCCUUCCUCGAGUGCGGCUCCGAUGAGCUCUUCGUGGGCCGCGCGGGCUACCUGUGCGCCGCGCUCGUGCUCAAGCAGAAACUCGCCCAGGAGGUGCUGACCCCAGCCCAGAUCAAAUCAAUUUGCCAGGCCAUCCUGGACUCUGGGAAACAGUAUGCCAUGAAAAAGAGGAAGCCAUUCCCGCUGAUGUAUUCUUACUAUGGAACCGAAUACUUGGGAGCAGCUCAUGGCCUAUCGUCCAUCCUCCAGAUGCUUCUUUCUUACCAUGAGCACCUCAAGCCCUCGGACCAGGAACUGGUGUGGCAGAGCGUGGACUUCCUUAUGGAGCAGGAACAGAACUGCAACUGGCCCCCUGAGCUCGGCGAGGCCAUCGAGAGGGAGAAUGAGCUGGUGCACUGGUGCCACGGCGCCCCAGGAAUUGCCUAUCUGUUUGCCAAAGCUUAUCUGGUUUCCAAGAAACCACAGUACCUGGACACAUGUAUCCGGUGUGGGGAACUCACGUGGCAGAAGGGCUUGCUAAAGAAGGGCCCAGGGAUCUGCCACGGGGUGGCUGGCAGUGCCUAUGUCUUCCUGCUGCUCUACCGCCUCACCGGAAACUCUAAGUACAUCUACCGAGCCCAAAGGUUUGCUGAAUUUUUAUUUACGGAGGAAUUCAAGGCUGGUUCCCGGGUCCUUGAAAGUAUAUACAGCUUGUAUGAAGGCUUCUCCGGGACCGUGUGCUUUCUGAUCGAUCUGCUGCAGCCCAACCAGGCUGAGUUCCCUCUCUUCAGCGUCUUUGUUUAGAAGGUUCCAUGUCCCAUCAUGGCCCUGCAGAAGAUUCCCGAGAUUUCCUGAGCCUACUACCUGAGGCAUUUUCCACAUAAGCCACAUUCAAUGGUAUCACAACCAUGAGCCUUAACAUUGCCGCCAGAAGGAAGGAAGGGAGCAGGCAGGUGAAGAAGGCAACAUGAUUCCAGGUUGAAGGGAGAACAGUGUGAGAAUCUGCAAACAUAAAGACACCACAGCUAUUCUAAAACCCCUAGAGAUGGAAUAGUUCAGGGAAUGGAUGUGACACCAGGAAAAAGGGAAAGAAAAAUCAUCUGUCUCACUUAAACCAACACUGAGAUGUGGAUUAUGGCAAUGAAAUGCCAAAAAUAGCUUUGCAAUUGGAGAGAGAAUUUGACCAUUUAUGGGUGCCCUCCACCCCUAAAUUCAGAAAUAAAGACCAUCAGAAAACUAAAGUCAUUGCCCAGCUGAAAACUGCUAGGAGGGAUGAGUCAGGUUGCCAAAGGACAAAAAGGGAAACUCUUGGUUGUCCUUUGCCUUUACUUACUGAAAUUCAUGAUUUUUAAUGAAUGGAGAAAUUUGCCUAUGAAUCUCUAUUUUUAUCACUACCCUGGGCACUUUAAAGAAAGCAUACCAUAACUUAGUUUCAACCCCCAAAGUCCAAGUUCCCUUAGGCCUUAGAGCGUAUCUUUUCCUGGUUCCUUCUUCUUUCCAAAAGCUCAGUUAGAAUAGCAAAUUUCACAGGCUAGCAAAUACCAUAGCAGGUGUUGCUGUCAAGUGUUUUUCUCAAUUUGAAGCAUAAGCUAUGAACUGUCUAUUGUUAGUAAUUUUUAAAAUGCCUAUGUAAUCUCAAUGAAGCUAUUAGCUGAACUGUAAAAUAUACUUGUGGCAAAAAUCACUCAUCUCAAAGAUGAGGGUAAACACCAAGGAGGUGGGUUGUUUCUGCCUUGGGUGGAAUACUGUGUCCCCUGGGACACACACUGGCCUAGAAAGGGACCAGUGAUUAUGAAAAGAACAUUGCUUAAUUUUAUACUAUUAGAUUAAGAUAUGUGUGAACUCCCCAGCUGAUCAUCAUAUCCUCCAAGACACAGGCUCCACUAGAAUUUGUCUACAAUAUCCAUUGAGCCAAGCUGUCAUUAAAUUCAGCCCUGCUGUAAACACAUAGAAGCUGUAAAACUAUUUCAAGUAAAUAGUGGUUUCCAGAACACUGUGGGAGCAUCUGUCACUUCAAUACUCAGAACACGAGUCAAUCCGUUUCCUAGAAUUUGGUCACUGGCAAUUUCAUAUAUCAGAAUGAGGAGGAAAUUGAAUGCAUUGUAAGAUUUAACAGUUAUUUAAAUAGUCAUUAAGUAUUUGGAUAUAUAUGAUAGAUGUAGAAUAUAUAUGUAUCAAUAGGCACUUUGGUUUACAUGGGGAUAGAUGUAUAUAUACAUCCAGAGAAGGAAAUGGCAACCCACUCCAGUAUUCUUGCCUGGGAAAUUCCGUGGACAGAGGAGCCUGGCGGGCUACAGUCUAUAGGGUCGCAAAGAGUUGGACAUGAUUGAGCGACUGAACAACGACAAUACAUCUGUCCUCAUGUAAAUGUAAGCACUUACUUCGUUCAGUACUUCCCACUUCUUAAUUUAUAGAUGAACUUUGGGAGGAGUUGGGGAAUACUCUGUUGCCUAAAAAUGUGUGUGUGUGUGCGCGCGCACGUGUGCAUGCACACUUUUUUCUGGAAAGAAGAUCUCUAGCACUUACAAGAUUCUCAAAGAAUCUGGGACUGAAGAACGGUAAGAACUGUCUUCAUAUAUUUUAUGACUUUGUUUAUGUGUGCAUUCAUCAGAGCAAGCUAAGACAAAGUGGUUUUGAAAAGCAUGUACCUUUUCAGCUCAUUGUUUCCUUUUCCCAUCCUCAGAUGUAAGUAUAUAAAAUUGGCCUCAGUUCAUCUUUGAAGAUACUCAGAUUGGGGCAGUACCACAUAAAUAGUCGCUUGCAGGUGACUGCCAAAGUUGGGUUCUAGAUGUUCUUUCAAGAAUUGAAUGGUCAAGGACCCCUCAGAAAGCCUUAAGACAAAAUGCCUUCUACACAGUAGUCUCCUUUUGAAGUGAUAGUGGUACCUGCUUUUCACCAUUUGGAUGUAAAUUCAUUUCAUUUGACCCCUAUAGGCUGACAGUAAUAAGCAUUCAAUAUACAGGGCUUUAGGAACGCAUGCUUUUUUUCAUCAUCCAGCCACCCUUCAAAGUGAUUUACAUAACUGAUUCAAAGUCUCAUAGUUAGAAAGGAGCAGAAUAAGGAUUUGGAUUCAGGGUUUCACUUCCCAUAUGUAUUUAUUCCAUAUUCUAGACUAGAACCUGGGGAUACAACGAUGAACAAAAUACCCUAGAAGUUAGCUUCUGUUUCUGUUUGCUGAUCCUUCCACCCUUCAUCCUUAAGACCUAAACCUGAGGUCUAAGAAGUGGUAAUCUAGCUCGACAUGCCAGUUUCAUUUCUAGGAACUUCAGAAAAACUAGACACAUUUCUGCUCACCCACCCUUUGGAGAUCCAGUAGGGUAACUGUGUUGUCGUUGUCAAAAGACAACCUUUUUGUGUGUCAAAUCCAAGAAGAGGCCAUGUUUGUGUCUUUAUGAAUUGACGCCUCAGUAAAUUAAAGACAAAGAUAAACUUAUUUAACACUUAAACCUGUGGAAAGUUUUCAUUUUCCUGAGAAAGUAGAAUUAUGGGUUUGGGAAGGUCCUCUUCUAUCUUGUUUUCCCAAGAAGGGGGAAAGAGACACUUGAGUGUUGCUGUAGAAAAGUAUGGCAUGUCACUUCUUAUUUAACUAACCAAUGUUUUCCCAUCUAUGUAAUAACAGUCUUUUUUGAAUAAUGCUAAAGGGUGUCACCUCUUGAAGGCUACAAGGGUAUUUUCACCACCACUAGCAUUACUUUAAUAUUAUUUACUGUAUGUGGGCAUGAAUAAUUAUAAAUUUUGAAGGUAACUGUGGAAAUAUUUGAGGAUAGAUUGAAAGAACCUCUCAACAAUGGGAGAGACUGCCUCAUACUGGGUUCGCCAAAAAGUUCAUGUGGGUUUUUGAACUUUUUGGCCAACCCAAUACUUGGCAAACAGGAGGCAUCAGAAAAUAUUUCAACUCUAUGUGUUUUGUUUCAUUAACACAAUUAUGUACCUUCUCUUUCACACCUCCCCAAUGUAUUUUUAUCUUACCUAAUCACAUUUUUUCCAUUUGUAAAUUGGUAAUGGAGAACAGAGGUUUGACAGCAUAUUCCACUGUGCUUCUUUAGGUAAUUGACUAUUCUAUUAAGAUAAUAGUAUUUACUCUCUGAUAACUCGAGAAACAGUCAUUUUCUUGGCACAUCCUAAAUUUGAACUUUUCCGUGGCAAUUUGGAUCUUUAACUUUCUUUGACACAUUUAAGAUUUUACUCAAGAUUGUGCUCAAAUUGUUCAACUUCUGUAGAGAGCAAAUCUCAAAAAUUUUAGUGCAAUAAAUAUGUUUGUGAUUUAUUACCAUUUAAGGGAACAAUGAUUUAAAGAAAAAAAAAAUCAGUAAUGCAAAGAGCCCUAUUUUGGAAAUUUUAAACCCUUGCUCCAUGGGCCACAUCACCAUCACGCGCUCCACCUCACAGGGUGGUCAAUGAUAAAAUGGAUAUAAGAGAGUUUUAUAGGCUUCCCUGGUGGCUCAGCGGUAAAGAAUUUGCCUGCAAUGCAGAAGAUGCAGAUUUGAUCCCUGGGUUGAGAAGAUCCCCUGAAGGAGGACACGGCAACCCACUCUAGCGUUCUUGCCAGGAGAAUCCCAUGGACCAAGGAACCUGGUGGUCUACAGUUCACAGGGUCAGAAAGAGUCAGACAUGACUGAAGUGACUGAACAUGCAUGCAAGGGAUUUUUAUAAUAGGCAGGUCCUUUAUAUGUUUAAAAGGGAAGCUAUAUUUUAAGUACCUACUAAGAGCAUAGAAGAUCAUGCUCAAUUAUGACUUCAAGUGAGCAUUUCAGCCAAAUGGAAUCUCCUUAUGAUGCAGUGCUCAGAGUCUGGAUCACUUGCUGGGUAAAAACAAAGUAUGUUUUUUUAUAUUCUAGAACCAGUCCUGUCAAUAGCAUUUGUGCCUCAAAAAGUUCUGAUUCACUGGGCUGAGCACGUAGGAAUAGGCUGGUUCAGAGGGAACUCCUUUUAAUGCAAAUAUUUAUUUUGCUGUCUGGAAACAAAGGAUUACAGUGCCAGUAACUCAAGAAAAGGAGCUACUGGUUAGGUCUGCAGAGCAAGCAUGAACUGAGGGAUAAGGUAAUUUGGAGUUGAGUCUGGUUUGCACUUUAAUUCAGGCCUCAGUAUUGCAUGACAUAGAGUGAUAGAAAUAUACUCUCAUGGCAUAGAAGGCCUUCCUUUGGGGGCCUGGGUUAUUUAUUCAGCACUAUCCUAAAUCAAAAGCAAAAUGACUAAGCCUCAUAUUCACCAAGGCUGGGUGAUUAUGGCAUAAACUUGGCAAGGAAAGCCAAUGAGAAGGCAGGCAAAGAUUGGGUGGGAGAAAGCUUAGUAUCUCAGUGUGAGUUGUGGAGGCACAUUUAGUGCUGCUAAAAACCAGUCCUCUUACUCAUGGGUUUUAUUGCUUCCUGGGACCUCUAAUCCCAUACCACCCGUGAUCCAGCAACUUCUUGUCCUCCUUCUCUUUAAAUAGUAUAUUCUGAUUUGUUGUUGUUGUGGGUUUUGUUUUUUUUCUGUGUCUGCUUAAUCAUGUGACCUUUUGCCUGAGAAGGCAGCUUUCUCCUUAUCUCUUCCAUCCAUGUCAGUUGGUAGCUAAGAGCUCCAGGCCCAGGAAGGCUGGAGUCCCCUCCAGAUGGAAGGGCUGACCUCAAGGUCAGCAGCAGCAGGAGUCGGGCCCAUUCUGCAGUCUGAGAUAGCCCACCCCGGGUACACCUGUUCACGAGAGGAGGAGGGUGACUGCGUUUAUCCUGCCUCUCCUCCAUAAAGAAACCUGGUCAAUUUAUUUGCACUGCUCUUGGAAAACAACAACAACAACAACAAAGUUCAUGCUACAUGAAAUAUCUGGACCUCCCACAUGAUCAUAAAUCUCAUACUAGGGGUGCCCUCUCUCUCCUUGUUUCUUUAAUUGCAAGUGCUAAUGAACUGAGGCCUGAUGGAUGAUGCCUUUGGGGUGAAAAAUAUAUUUGUUUUUAUUUUCUUUAAAGCCCUGCACCUUGUCAUUUGCACAUGGACUUCUCCAUAAAUGUCAAAGUCUCUUAUCUGCAGAACUUCCUGCACCUUCUUUGGCCUUUGUGAACCCAUUACCCCUCUGAACUGAAUUUGAAAAAAUCCUUUAAAAUGAAAACCAAAUCAUCCAUGUUUUUAUUCUUUGUGGGGAGGGGUGGUGGUGGUGAAUAGCAUGGUUUAAAAAGCAGAUGGUCCUUUCUUUUCUUGCCUUUCUUCUCCAUGUAGAAUAUUCAGGAAGGAGAGAGAGAAAGGGAGAAAAGAUACACGAGGUUUGACUGUCACACUCUUUGAAAACACAGUUUGCAAGGACUUCCUGUUUGUUUCUUGUUUGGCUUUUCUUAGUCUGUAUAGAAAAUAGUUUGUGUGCGUGUCUGUCUGUGUUGCGUGUGUGUAUGUAAGAGAGUGAGACUGACUUACAAUGAAAAUCACAUAUGAAAUAAAACCCAACAUUUAGCUCUUAGAUGUAUCUGAGUGAACAGAUAUAUGCAAGCAUAAACUGAUUAAUGAGUGGCUCUUCAUGGUGUGUUAACUGCUCUCUAAUCAAUUAGCAUAAAAUUAACGAGGGCCCUAGUUAUAUUCAAGUGUCUAUCUUAAGCAAGCACUUUCAUAAAACCUCUGCUGCCGGGUUAAAGGCGUUAGUAGCCAUCUCGUAGAUGAGAACGGAUGUGAGUUUCACAAACAGAGCCGCAAGUGUGAGCCACAUAUGUAGUUUUAACAUUUUCUAGUAGCUCCAUUAAAAAUGCAAAAGAAAGGGUGAAAUUAAUUUUAAUGGUGCAGGUGACUGAACUCAGCCUCCCCAAAAUAUUAUCAUUUCAACAUGUAAUCAAUAUAGUUAUUAAUGAGAUAUUUAACAUUUUGGGGUAUUAACUUUUAAAAACCUGGUGUGUGUUGGACACUUACUGUACACCUCCAAUCAGACUGGCCACAUUUCAAGUGCUCAAGAGCCACAUGUGGAUUGGCUGUGCAUUGGACAGUAGGACUAGCAUCGCACUGCUGUCCCUCAGGAUUGAGAAGAUCCCCCUAGAGCACAUGUGUGCUUUUGUUGUUAUAAGAGAAAACGGAAACCAAACACUGCAUGUUACUUGAGUACUGCAGGACACUAGGACCAAGAGCUGCCCUGUGAAAAAAUAUCGGUGAUGAAAUCAGUUCAGUUCAGUUCAGUUCAGUUCAGUCAUUCAGUCGUGUCCGACUCUUUGCGACCCCAUGAAUCGCAGCACGCCAGGUCUCCCUGUCCAUCACCAACUCCCGGAGUUUACUAGGGAAGUUCUAUUCUUUUAUCCCCUUUUUUGAGAUUUACAUGGUAUGCUAACAUGUCAUAGACUCUGAAAAAACUCUUCUGGGUAAAGAAACCAGUGUGCAGCUGUUGAGUUCUGUGUUUAUAAGGUUCCACCUCCGGAUGGUGGCUGUUACCCAGCUACCACUAUAAAAACAUGGUUAGUCUGGCAUCAUAUGUUUAUGAUAUGCUUAUAAUAUUUAUUUUUCUGCAGAGGUGUUUUAACACCCCUCCCCACAUCACAUUAAAGAUACCGGAACAAUAUCCCUGACUAUUAAUCCCUACUAAGUAUCUUGCCCUCACAAAGAUGUAAGGUCAUUCUUUAGUACACUUCUGGGAAAAAGAAUUCUGAAAAUUGCCACAAGGUCUCUGCAUGAGAAAAACUUUGUGUCUUCCCUUCCUUCUCAAUUCUCUUUGGACCCUAUCUCUACUUAUUCUUUGUAUUCAGAAUCACCCAAGAGCUAAGAUAUGUCUUCUUGUUCUAGAACCACCUACUAAGUUGAAACCAGCAGAUGGCUAUAAUGUCUUGCACGUGGACACAGAUCUUCAGAAAGUACCCCAAUACAUACCUUCCUCUCAUUCUUUCAGAAAUGAUGAGCUCUACCAAGAUGAGGGGAGAAACAUCAGAACGUGUAUAUGUGUAAACAUAGAAUACAGUUUCAUAAGUAGAGUAGUACUGUUUCUGCUAAUACUUUCUUUAAAAAUAUUUUGUGUGUGCUGUUCCUCUACUUGCUUUAAUGUGUACUGUUACUGUAAAGUGUGUGAAGUAGUUGUGACUUAGCGAUCAGCUUGAGGAAGAUAUACACUAUACUUGACAACUGUCAACCUUCAGCAAGUGAUCUUUUUGCCUUUGUUUAAGUGGGAAGUCUGAUGCUGCCCCUAUAAGUUUUGUUUUACGAUCUGUGCUUAAGUGGCAAUUACCAAUUAAAUAACUUCUGCCCGCUGAAUUUGGCCCAAGUUGACUGUAGUAACCCUUCUAUGUGGAUGUAUUUGAAUAAGAUUAAAUGAUUCAUUUUGCCUCCUUUUUUUUAAGACUUUAGUAUUUCAAUAUUAGAGAUGUCUUCUGAAGACUCUAGUAGCAGUAGAAUCCCUUUGCUCUUGAAAAUGAAGAUUAUAUACCAUGAGGUUUUAUAUAGACUUUCCAGAUGUAGAAGGGGAACAUUCUAAGUGCAAAAGUUUGGUUUUAGAAUCUGUCUGAUUUCGGAAGAGCAGUCCAUUCUCUAAAAAGGUAACAGCCUUCCCAAUUUUGAACAUCUGGGGGAGCUCUACUUGGAAGGGAAGUCUGAAUUAGUUUCAUGGAUUUAAUGGCGCUAAAUUAACAUUUUUCAAAUGGAUUUUGUAGUAGAAUCCAAUUAUUAGAGGAAGUCACUUGGUUGCAAAGCCAUGUACUAGAGAAUAGUCAAACACCAUGUGCUAGUUUUGGAAUGUGCAUUUCCAAAGUGAAUAGAAUUUACUUCACCAAAAAGAUUUUUACACAAUUCAUGAUACUUACAGAAAUAUGAUUGUAUCAUUGGAGAAAAAAGCUCACCUCUAAAUGCUACAUUUCACAUUCACUAGUAAAGUAGUGUAAUUCCUUGAUUAUUUGGGGGGAUACAAAAGAAUAAUCUGUCAAUAGAAUAGAACUGCUUACUCCUAACUGUAUUUAGGAAUGAAUACAUACUAUAAUUCAAGAGACUUGGAUUCAGUCCCUGGGUGGGGAAGAUCCCCUGGAGGGGAGCAUGGCAACCCAUUCCAGUAUUUUUGCCUGGAGAAUCCCAUGGAAAGAGGAGCCUGGUGGGCUACAGUCCAUGGGGUUGCAAAGAGUCAGACAUGACUGAAGUGAUUUCAUAUGCAUGCAUGAUUUAAGAUAUUACUGGAUUUUGAAGAACUGCUCAAUAAAUUAGUAGUAUUAAUAAAAUUGUACUCUUUUUACAAUGCAUUUGCCUCAGCACACAUGCAGAGUCAAAAACAUAAAUUUAUUUUAAAAUACACCAAAUAACACAGGUUAUUAUGACUUUAAAAGCCUAAUUUCUAAUAGCAUUAAAUCCAACACCAGUUAUAUGUUGUAUAUAACUAACAUUUUGAAAGCAUUGCACACAAAAUGAGAGACUUAUUCAAAAAUGCCUUUUUUUCUUUUUGCCAAAAACAGGUUCUACAACCUAUUGCUAAUUAUUAUAUUCCUUUAGGGGUACUUUGAGGCGCUUUCAAAGACAUAUUUGUAGCAGUUACAUCUAAAUUUAGCAGAACAUUGUGUCAGAUAUUUUGCUAUAUCACAAAAUGUUGUAGUACUGUAUUUUAUAGUAAAACCAAAUUCUCAAGUAUUCUGGUAUAUUACAUAUUAUUAUGCCAAAAAAUAAAACCACUUUCUAGAAGUCUGUUAUUGUGUACUUAAUAUUUCAAGAAAAUAAUGGGUAUUUCAGUCAGAGCAAGAAAGUAUAACGCAAUACAUGACAUUCAAUUGAUCUUUAGUCACAAUCCAUUUAGGUAUUUGACAGAGAAACUAGCAAUCACAAGCUCGAAUGCAUACAUUAUUCUCAAGGACAAAAUGGCAAACACUUAAUACACAAAGACACGGUCACUGGGGCAAGUUAGCUGGUGCCUGGCGGAACAGGAUCAACUUGCCAAUCGAUGCUCAUCGGAUUUUAGCUUUUGUUAUUGGUUGUUCCUGGCGGGGGAAGUGCUACAGGUCAGUUGAUGUCGCCUCCCCUUCGCGUGGGGGAUUUGCUUACAAGCCAGUGCAUGGUAUAAUGAAUUCUCUGGAAGCAGGGUUGAGUCAGAAGCUUAGAGAUGCACCUUACUGUCUUUAAAACUGCUGUUAUACAAUGUUCUAAACACUGUGAUCUUUCCAAAUGUAUUUUCUGUAUUAGUUUUGUACUGUUAGAAAAUAAUACGCCAUAAGCUGGACUCUAUAGUGUUGAAAGCAAUGUUAUUUAUUGGCUUAUCACCCCCUGCCUAUUUAUGUACAGUCUACUUAAUAUAAAACCUGUGAUAAUCCUUUGCCUUAAAAAUAAAAUCUAAUGCUAAAUAUUGAGUGUGCUCUAACAUAAUUUUAAGCUACAAGUUAAUUUUUCCUUUAAAAGUUAAGAUGGUGUCAAAUAAAAUAUCAAAUGAAUACUU